CUGGUUUCACCCAUCGGUGUUUUAGUAUGAUUUAUAAUCUGCAAUGCUAGAAAACCAACGAUGAACGCCACCGGUGAAGCGGGGACCGCCCUCCUCACGGACAACCCGAUAUUGCAAGCACCAAGCCCCACUGAUGUGCUACCGAUUCAAGUGCAACUGGUCGGACUGGUGGCCUUGGGUGUGUGCGCCCUGGCGUUCGUAACACAAAUCUCGCUCUUUGUUGUCCGCAUCGUUCGCGCCACGUCUAUCUUCAACUAUGUGACCUUCUGCCACGACUCCAAGGAAAUCCUUAUUGUGGACUGCACGCACCCGCACGCAAAGACGCUGAGCCACCACAAGAACGUGCGCAACCCCAAGGGGCUGCGGGCGGCGGACACGUCGACGGGCCUGGUGCUGAACGCUGUCAAGGCCGGACCCUGGAGCGCCGGCCAGCCGUACGAGUGGUGUCAGCUGCCGCGUGUGUCUACCAACCACUUUGAUGUGGACAGCUUCCUGUCUGCGUGGUGCUACAUCAACCGGUCACUGGCGCUGCAGCAUGAGUCGGUCCUGCGGCACAUGGCGCGCAUCGGCGACUUCCGAGAGGCCUUCCUGUCGCCGGAGCUGGUGUCCACACACGGCGCAGAGGACGGCAUCGUCAACGUCAGGGACGCCUUCACGGCUCUCAAGCUGGUGUGCUGGCUCAACAGCGUGGAGCGCAACCGGUUCUCGGCGCCCUACGAAGCCAAGGAUUGCGACGCCAAGUUCGCGUUCUUCCUUCCGCGGUUCGCAGCCGUGCUGGCAAACCCCGAGAGCGUGUGGCAGGAGUGGCAGGACGAGUACAAGGAGGUCGUGAGCGGCUUCGACGUGCUCACUGGCGAGCCGCCCUCCGUAGAGCGACACACGUCGGUGGGGCUGGCGGUGCUGCGGGCGCCCGAGCCCUCCCUGCACUACUACGCCCUCUUCAGCCACACGGUCGGGUACGACACCGUGCUCACCAUGUACGACGGCCAGCGGUACGAGCUGGAGUCCAAGUACACGCAGUUCGUGACCACUGCCAGUCGCCCGGUGUGGCCGCGCAUCGACAUGGCGCCGCUGGCCCGAGUGCUCAACCGCAUGGACGCAGGGGUGUUGGACCCGCAGUUCCAGUGGUCCACCAGCCGCUUCACAGACACGGGGCCCGUGCUGCGGAUCGAGGACACCGCCCGCCCGCUGAGCAAGGCGCAGCGCUACGGCCACCCCUACGCCCGGCCGCUGCACGCCAGCGCCGUGCCGCCGCCCGUGGUGGUGGCGCUGGUCGUCAGCUUCCUGGAGUACGGCAUGCAGGGACUGAAGCCCAAGCGGGGCGGCUGGAGCUGGGACGAGCUGCAAUCGCUCAAUGCGGGCAUCCCCUGGCAGACCUGGGAGGACACGGUCCUUGCGCAGUGGCAUCGCGGAGAGCUCGACCCCUCCAACCCCACCCCGCAUCACCCAGCCGCCGCCGCCACCAACGGCCAGCACCCGCACCACCCGCACCACCACGCCGCGCCGCCCCCGCCCGGCUCACACCACCUGUCCAGCCAGCCCUCCAGCGGCGGCGCGCUGCCGCCGCUCUACUCCCCAAGCGGCUCCUUCUCCGGCGGGGCCGGUGGGCCGGGCCUGGGCCCCAGCCGGCAGGGCUCGUUGUCGGCGACGAGUUCGCUGGGCCCGGCGGCAGUAGCGGCAAUAGCAGCGGCAGGAGGGGGCGCGGGCGGUCUGGCGCUGCCGCGUGUGGGUGCGGCCAUGACUUCGGGCGGCGAGUUCUGGGAGCCGGUGUUGAGCGAGCCAUCAGCCAUCAUGUCCAUGGACGACGUGCGCGCCCUGGCGGCGGCGGUGCCGGCCCGCCUGGCCCAGAGCAAGUGGCAGCUGCUGUACGGCAGCUCCAGGGACGGCAUCAGCCUGCGGACACUGUACCGCAAGGCGGCGGGCCGCGCGCCCACGCUGCUCAUUGUGCGCGAGGCGGGCGGCAUGGGCCACAUCUUUGGCGCCUUCGCGGCGGAGGCCUGGAAGCCUGGGCCGCGCUUCUACGGCACAGGCGAGACGUUCGUGUUCAUGCUGCAGCCGCACCGAGCCAAGUACGCCUGGCAGCGGCCGCGACAGGGCACCGGCGGCGGCGCCGCCAUGGGCGGCGGCGCAACCGGCAUGUUCACCCGCGUCAGCGGCGGCGGCGGCGGCGGCGCACCCAACCCGCCUGUGGGCGGUGGCGCCGUGCCGCCGCUGGCGGCGGCCGCCGCCCCGAACCACAUGCCGCCUGCGGCGGCGGCGGCAGCCGCCGCCGUCGGCGGCGCCUCCGGCGGCGCCACCGGCGCCGGCAGCAGCAGCAGCAUGGAUUUCUUCCAGUUCUCCACGCACGACGGCCUUGGUGUGGGCGGGCAGGGCGCGUUCGCGCUGUGGCUGGACAACGAGCUGGUGGAGGGCGCCAGCUACGCCUGUGACACGUUCGGCAGCCCGCAGCUGAGCGCGAGGGAGGAGUUCAAGGUGGCGGCAGUGGAGCUGUGGCAGCUGUAGCCCGGGCGGGGGGUGGUGGUGCAAGGUUGUUUUUAGCAAAGCGGUACAGGAUGCACUGAAGACUGCAGACGAAGUCGUGGAGGGGGGUGGAGGGGCAGGAGAGGCGGGGUGUACAGUGCGCGGGAUGCAGGGGCUGGGGCUGGGGCGCGCGGGGUUCGGUGGAGUUGGGAUGGAGUGGGAUGGGGGAAGUGAGUGUGCGAUGGGACAGUGCUAAGGAAGGUUGGUGAAUUCCCGUAAGGUGCAGCUGACUCCCAGACCCCAGCACAUGGCAAACAAUUUGCAACGGCAGUGCAUGAGCGCGUGGCUGAUCGAAAGCCGGAGAUUACUGUAUCGCAUGGGGGCAGUGAGUCUUAUGUGUGGGUGAGCAGCUGUAGCGGCUGGCGGGGCGGUCCGGUGGGUUCACUGGGUUGUUUGGAAUGUUGGGCGUGCAACGAGUAUAAUGGUACUGAGUAGACUAGCAGCAAGUACAUGCGAUACCUGCCUCUUCACCACAAAGUGAGGACAGGAUCAAAUGAGGACCGCUGGUCGCUCAGUGCUCGUAUCUUCCAUCUACACUGUAGAAAUCUGCCCAAAAUCCGCCGAAGGCGGAGAAAAAAUUUUGGGUUUGGGUGCCACGCAUCUACGCAGUGUAGACGGUUUUGGUCGGUUUGGGCGCAAAAAUGGGGGAAGCGUAGACGUUUUGGGGGGCUUGGGGGCUUAAGUGUAGAUGCCGCGGUCAGGGUCAUCUACGCAUGUGUAGAUGCCGGGUGCCUGAGGGCAUCUACAAGAUACGAGCACUGUGGUCGCUGGUAUGCAGAAAUCGGCGACUGUAACAAGACUGGAAU